AUGGUUUUUGUCUGUCCAUAUUCUGAAUGCAAAAAGCGCUUGAGUUCAAAGUAUAAUUUAAAGCGACAUGUAGAGUGUUGCCAUAGGAAAAUUCGAAGGUUCGAAUGCGAUAUUUGUUACAAAAAGUUUUCUUCAUCGCAAAACCUAAAAGAGCAUCUAUUUUUGCAUGAAAACUCAACUCAAGAGGUGCUAAAUCUACCCGAAAAUUUCGUGCCUGAGCGAGAAAUCAACAUUCCAGCGUUAACUAAUUUGAUUUUAUGGUCUUAUGAUCCUGACUUAAGACCAUUCAUCAAGGUUACCCGUGUAUAUCCUUAUCCUCCUUCAGCGACUGAUGUAAAAGUUUAA